AUGAAGAGGGAGAACCACACUCUCACCACUGAGUUUGAUUUGCAAGGUUUCUCCAGCUUCCACGAGCACCAGCUCACUCUUUUUGUGGUAUUUCUUACACUGUACAUCUUAACCCUAGCAGGUAAUAUAAUCAUUGUGACCAUUAUCCGUAUUGAUCAUCAUCUCCACACCCCCAUGUACUUCUUCCUCAGCAUGCUGUCCACUUCAGAGACUAUAUAUACAUUGGUCAUUCUCCCAAGGAUGCUAUCCAGCCUCGUGGGUAUAAGCUGGUCUAUCUCACGUGGUUGUGCCACACAGAUGUUCUUUUUUGUAACCUUUGGGAUCACGAACUGCUUCCUGCUCACAGCAAUGGGAUAUGACUGAUAUGUGGCUAUCUUCAACCCCCUGAGAUACACAGUCAUUAUGAACAAGAGGGUGUGCAACCAGCUGGUGUGGAGGGCCUGCAGCAUUGGGCUGAUUGUAGCUAUGACACAGGUGACACCUGUAUUUAGCCUGCCAAUGCAGAGAAAAAACCUCACAGAAGUGACAGAGUUCAUUUUCCUAGGAUUCUCCAGAUUCCAUGAACACCAGAUCACCCUCUUUGCAGUUUUUCUCAUCCUGUAUACAUUAACCCUGGCUGGCAAUGCCAUCAUCGUGACCAUUAUCCACAUUGAUUGUCACCUCCACAUGCCCAUAUACUUCUUCCUGAGCAUCCUGGCCAGUUCAGAGACUGUGUACACAUUGGUCACCAUUCCACGGAUGCUCUCCAGCCUCAUAGCCCAGAACCAGCCAAUCUCCUUGGCAGGCUGUACCACUCAAGUGUUCUUCUUUGUUACCUUAGCCAUCAACAACUGCUUUCUGCUCACAGUGACAGGAUAUGACCACCAUGUGGCCAUCUGCAACCCCCUGAGAUAUGCACUUAUCAUGAGCAAGAGGGUGUGUGUCCAGCUGAUGUGUGGAGCCUUCAGCACUGGCCUGGCCAUGGCAGCUGUCCAGGUGACAUCCAUAUUUACCUUACCAUUUUGUCACAGAGUGGUUGGUCAUUUCUUCUGUGACAUCCUCCCUGUCAUAAAACUCUCCCGGAUUGAUACCACUGUCAAUGAGAUCAUCAAUUUUGUUGUCAGUUUAUCAGUGAUCCUGGUUCCCAUGGGCCUGGUCUUCAUCUCCUACGUUCUUUUCAUCUCCACCAUCCUCAAUACCGCCUCAGCCGAGGGCCAGAAGAAGGCCUUUGCCAUAUGUGCCUCCCACCUCACCAUGGUCAUGGUCCACUACAGCUGUGCCUCCACUGACUACCUCAAGCCUAAGUCAGAAAAUUCUGUAGAACAAGACCUCCUUCUCUCAGUGACCUUCACCAUCAUCACUCCCCUUCUGAACUGUGUUGUUUACAGUCUGAGGAACAAGAAGGUCAAGGAUUCCCUACGCAGAGCUGUGGGCAGAAACAUUUCUUAA